AUGCUGCCCAUCCACCCUUCUGCAAAAAAGGCAGCCAUCGGCCUGUUGAGUCUGUGCUAUGCCGCAUGGUUCAUCCUGCUUGGCAUUGGAGUGGCUCGCUAUGAAGAGCUCCCUACCCGCCUGAAGUCCUCCGACCUGCCCCUGCACCACUUUGAUCGCUUCUUCAGGGCAACCGGCGCCCUCCUCGUGCUUGGCCUGCUCGGCAUCCGUGCACUGACAGCGGUCCUCUUCCCUGGUCUUUACCCGGGUUCGCAACUCCUAGCCCCUGGCCUGAUAUACUCCCUGCAACUCCUGCUGCGCUGGGGCCUGUACUACCUGCACCUCUCUGGUGAGUGA